AGUGAGGGACAUUUAAUGUUCUGAAAGCUCUUUGUUGUUCUCAUCAGCCCGAGCUGUAGCACCUCUUCUCACCCUCUGUCUGACACCAGAGCCCACCCAUCCGUCCAUCCAUACAAAAAGCAAAAUUUUGAAAAAACUUCAAAUCUGAAAAUAAAAAUCUUAAUUAAAAAAAAUAUUCUGAGGAAAUAAAUGAGCUUUUGAAAAAAAGUCACAUUUCAAGAACAAAUAAAUCAAGUUCUGAGAAAAAAGUAAAGUUAUCUGUUCACCAUCCGUCUGAAACCAGAGCCCAGUCAGAAUUAUGAAAAAAAGGACAAUCUGAGCUUUUUAAUCCUGGUGGAUUUGAGAGGCCGCAGUGUCUGAUGUUCAGUCAGAAGAGCAGAAGUUCAAUCAGAAGAACUCGUCAGUCGUCAGGACGGAUCAGAGUCUUAUUUCCUGACGUUACGAACAACACAUGAAGGACAGGUAGAAACUCUGAGGACCAAUGUACUGGAGUAGAAAUAUAAAGUAGCAGGAAAUGGAAAUACUAAUUUAAAGAAGAAGGGAAAAUAUAAAUCAAGAUUUGAAUGGAUUUAAUGCGUCACAAUAAUCAGACCACUUUUUAUUUGAAACGUUCUACUAAUGAACUCUGAAUAAAAACGCCGGGCCUCAGAGGAAGGCGUCGCACCACUCGCGCAGACACUGAGCGCAGGACCCGGCCUGGCGGGAGUUGGCCCCGCUGGCGUCCUUGAGCCACUCCGUGAACAUGUCCGAGUCCUUCUUCAGCAGCAGGAACUGGCCCAGCACCACGAAGGCCUGGGGGGCAGAGGGCAUCCACGAGCAGCAGAGCCCUGACAGACGAGCAGACAGGACCAUGGACUCUCUGAUGAAAGGCUUCUCCAAGGCCAAGGACGGCGUGGUGGCCGCCGCCGAGAAGACCAAGGCCGGGAUGGGCGAGGCCGCCAGCAAGACCAAGGAGGGGGUCUUCUAUGUCGGAAACAAGACGAUGGAGGGAGUGGUGACCGGUGUAAACACAGUGGCGCAGAAGUCUAACGAGCAGGCUAACGUCGUCGCUGACACGGCGGUGACCGGCGCUAACGAGGUGGCGGCGGUGGCGGUGGAGGGUGUGGAGAACGCGGCGGUGGCAAGCGGCUUCAUCUGCACGACCGACCUCCAGAAAACCCAAGCUGAAGAUCAGGAGGCUCAGUAGGUGAGGAAGUGACCAUUCACUGAAUCGGAAACUGCAGUCGUCCAGAGAAGAGAAGAUCUUUGAUUUAAUCUGAAGCAUUUUCCAUCCUCACCUCGUUAACCCUGACGAUCUGCUGUCCCCUCGUUAACCUUGACGAUCUGCUGUCCCCUCGUUAACCCUGACGAUCUGCCGUCCCCUCGUUAACCUUGACGAUCUGCCGUCCCCUCGUUAACCUUGACGAUCUGCUGUCCCCUCGUUAACCCUGACGAUCUGCCGUCCCCUCGUUAACCCUGACGAUCUGCCGUCACCUCGUUAACCCUGAGGAUCUGCUGUCCCCUCGUUAACCCUGACGAUCUGCUCUCUCUGUUUUAACCAUCUAAAUCUCGUAAUUGAAUGCAUGUUGCUUUACUGACACUCUUCUCAUACUAGAAAACACAUCCUCUCACAGACACACUCCUGCAGCUUGUUUCUGAUAAUAACUGAGAGAUGGUUUUACAAUCAACUGUAUUGAAAUAAAAUGAGUUUGAAAUCCA